AUGGCCUCACCACAAACCUCCCCGCCGCCGUCCGAACGAACUCCCCUCCUCUCUGGUCCUGAAGAUGACGCUCGAUCAAUUUACUCUGCCGAUGCCAAUGGACAUGUGGUUCCUCCGUCGUCCGAGCCGUUGGACCCUCCAACCAAAAAGCACCAGCAGAGAUGGCCUAGCAUUGUAGCCCUGACCAUUCUAUGCUUGGUGGUAGUGGCCGUGUGCUUUAGUUUGACUCUACCCUCUACCAUCAAAGAAUAUGCAAAAGAAGGCCUCGUCUUCGACCCCACCAAGCUCUCCAUCGAUUCCUUUACCUCCCUGGGCAUCCGUGCCAGGAUCCAAGGAGACUUCUAUAUGGAUGCGUCAAGAGUCCGCAACAAGGCAACAAGAGAUUUGGGCAGAUUUGGGACCUGGAUUGCAAAGGAAGUUAAGAGCGGGGAAUCGAAGGUCAAUGUCUAUCUCCCAGAAUACGACAAUGUUCUGUUAGGCACAGUCACCAUCCCUCCUAUCCAGGUUAAUAUUCAGAACCAUCGCCACAACCAUCUCGAUUUCUUUGCUGACUUGGAGCCGGGCGAUCUUGAUGGGUUUCGGAGACUCGCGAAGGAUUUCAUGGGCCGCAAAUUGGAUGAAAUCACGGUCGAUGCCGUUGUGACGGUCUCCCUGCAGAGCGGAUUGAUUAGAUUGGGCAAACAAACCAUUUCACAAACUCUACAAUUCCAGGGUGGCGAUGUACCGGCCGUUCCAGACUUCGACAUUCAACAACUUCGUCUUGCCGAAUAUGGGAUGCCUGGACAUCCUGAAGGCGUCAAGGCCAUGGCGACGGUUUCUGUGAUGAAUCAGUAUCCUGUCAAAUUCGACGUCCCGCCGUUGGCGUUUGAGGUCCUUCUCCCAGACUGCUCCGAGAACUACCUUCUCUUCGGAACGGCCAGGACUGAUGUCAUCCAUAUAUUGCCCGAGCAAAACAUCAGCGCAAGUGUGAUUGGCUUGGUGAAGCAAUUACCUACAUCGCUGACGUCUGUAUGUCCUGGCUCGAAAUCCUCCCCACUGGACAGCCUGGUUGCAGACUACCUCGCUGGGCGAGAUACUACUGUGUACAUCCGUGGAGGGCAACAAGACGAGAACACCCCAGAUUGGAUAGGAAAGCUAUUACAGGAGACUGUGCUCCCAUUUUCGCUUCCUGGCCAUCCUUUUGACAACCUGAUCAAGGAAUUCUCUUUGGCGGAUGUUCACUUUGCGCUGCCGGAUCCUAUGACGGACUCACGGCCGGAGAUAUCUGCAAUUGUCAAAGUUUUAGUUGGACUCCCUGCUGAAAUGAAUGUCAACUUAGAUGUGGAUAGGGUCAGAGCCGACGCUGACGUCUUCUACAAAGGGGAGCUCCUGGGCAACCUUGAUCUCUCAAAAUGGCAAGCAGCAAAUGCGACGCAGGUAGACGAUGACUUGUUAAUCCAGUCAAUUGUCAAGGAUGCGCCGCUUGAAAUCAAAAACGAGAGUCUGUUCUCCCAAGUUGUGCAAGCGCUGAUAUUCGGGAAAGGGGCUUCGCUCUCGGUGCAAGCAAUGGUUGACGUCAACACACAUACAGCUCUGGGAGAAUUUGUGGUCCGAAGGAUACCGGCAAAAGGCCAAAUCUUCAUCAAGCCCCUCCGCAGUGGGGAUUUUCAGAUGCCGGAAAUAAAGGGUAUGGAAGUCGUUGCUACAUCGGAAACCUCAUUAACUCUACAGGCAAGGGUUAAUGUGACGAAUCCUACGGACUACUCGGCGAAGAUUCCGUACUGCAAUGUCAGUAUAUGGGUCAACGACACCCGAGUCGGCUAUGCAUGGGCGUCUUCACAACACGUUGUGCCCGGUUCUAACAACUUGACUGCAAAUGCUUCAUGGGAAGUGGGUACCAUUGGAAGAGAAUGGCUUUCGCAAUAUAUCUCGGGGUAUAAUACGAGCCUGACUAUCAAGAGUCAUGCUGGCUCAAUACCGAAUUUUCCUGAUCCCGGCGUGGAAAUGACGGUACCGGCUCCACAUAUGCUGUCGCACCCCUUGAGAGAAGCAACGAUGCAUAUUUUCUCGUCGACCGCGACGUUCAUUUUGGUAUCGCCGCUCGCCUUUUACGUCACCAGCAUUACCGCAGCCGCCUUCUACAACGGGUCAGAAGUCGGAACGAUCAGUUGGGACUAUCCAUUCGCGAUCAAGCCGGGGGAGAACCUGACCCCAAGAUUGCCCGUCGAAUGGGGCAGUAACGCCCUGGGCACCAUCCGAGAUGCGCUGGGAGGCACUCUGAAAUUGGACGCGAAGGCGGAUGUUGGCGUGAGAAUAGGGAAAUGGCAGGAACAUGUAUGGUACGAAGGGAAAGGAUUGGGAGCGAAAAUUAGACUAUAG